AUUAAUAUCAUUCUAAUGGCUGAACUAAACUUGGUCGUUACCCCGAAUACAAUUGCCAAUGGAAUUCGGGUAAACGACUAAGUGUAAAUGAAUAGAGUCGAGUAGGUACGCCCGUAUUCGGGUAGUUUUCGUUUUGGUUACCCGACACCGUCUUCCCGCCCGUAUUCCAGUGUAAAUAUUGCUUCGAGUGCCCGAAUUCGAAUAAUGACAAAGUGAAAUCAAGCCAUAUAUAUAUUUCGAAAACAAGAUAACGAUCUGUAUGGAUUCUUUUUCCUUUGUUGUCCUAUUUGAGAGAAAUUCGUAGAAAUAAUUUGGUUUGACUUUGACAGUGGACUGACAUUGUCAACUUGACAGUGAUCACUGUGAUACUACAAUUAUUUUUGCGUUCCGUAAAAAUAAUAUUAAUUUGGUUACGUUUUCCAUUUAAUUAAUGAAUUUGGUUUGUUCUAAUUAACUUACUUUACUACUUAAGAUAUGGUAUCUUAAAUCUGAAUUAACUUAGCAAUAAUCAUAAAAUGUCGGCUUCUGUAAAGGAGUUUGGUAAGGCUUGGUGGUCAGAGGUGUACAAUAGAAUUAUUGGUGCUGCUGUUUAUUUAGAUGAUGCUAGUUCUGAAUGUCUUCAUUGGGACGGUGGUCUCUUGAACCUUAUAUUUGGAGGAGCAGUUACUGUCAAAAGUUUAUCUCCAUUUGAGUUUUCAGGUAAAGACCAUAAGAAGGUGGUAUUUAUAACACAAGCUACAUCUACACAACUUAAAACAAUAUGUGAGAUUAUAAAAAAUAGUGAUUUUUCACAUUGCAUUCUAAUAUCAUGCGUGGGUUUGGAUGUCAUCUUCUUGGAGUUGAAUGAGGGUAAAGAUGUUAGUGACGUUAUAGCUGCAGGGAAGGGGCAAUCGGAAUGUACAAAACAGCUUGAAGGAAUGUUAUAUGAGUGGAUUGGCAAGAAGCAAUCUGCUGUUGAAGUUGUUCAUAUACCAAUAUGUACAAUAUCACCCACAAAUGUUGUCUUUUUGACACCCCCAUACUGUAAAAUUUACCCUAAAUAUGAUGGAAUGCUCAUUCCUGAUUCAGCAUCAGUAGAUCUUUACACGUUGACAAGAGAAGAGAGGUCUCAAGUCAGGAGGUUGGCAAGUAGCCUCAACAGCAUGAUGGAUUCUAUGAACCUAAAAGAAGAUAUAUUUUAUAUGGGAACAUACAGUUCAUUGAUAGCUGGCAUAUUAGAGAACUCACCAGUUUGUGUGUCUAGAAGAAAGAACUCUACAAAUCCAACAUCAUUAAUUAUUGUUGAUCGGACUCUAGAUGUUUGUGGAGUGACUAGCUUCUCCAUGGAAUCAGUUCUUGAUAAAAUAAUGUUUGUUUUACCAAGGUUUCCAGGACAUUCAAAUGAAGUUGCAGUGGAUAUGUCUUCAGUCUGUGAAGCUAAUGUUAUAAACCACCCAGAUGACAUACAGUUGAGUCACGGCUGCCUGUUUCAUGCAAAAGAUGAAUCUUGUGUCCAAACCUAUGACCACAUGAUCAACAAAUCGCAGAAGGAAGUCAUGUUUGAUUUAUAUAACAAAUUAUCCAAAAUAGAUGUGCAAAAGUCUCCAAGUCCAAAAACACUGCUGAAAGUCACUCCACAGAGUGUUGAGAAAAUAGUGACGGCGGCAAAAGGGAAUUAUGAUGUCAUCGGAAAGAACUUGGGGGUUUUACAGCAAGCGCUUGCUGUCGUACAAACUCUUAAAUCUCCCAAACGUGCACAGAUCGAGUUGCUCAUGAGCUUGGAGAAGCAAGUGCUGCAGAACCUCGCCGCUAGCAGAGAUUCUACUAGUGUUUUGCAACAGAUCUGUCAUCUGAUAAAAACAAGAAAAGAUCGCAAUCUCUCUGUGGAAAGUUUGCUAGCACUGAUCACUCACAUCUACUCGCUGACUGGAAUAGAAAUGUCCUUCUCUAAACAACAUGAGGAUAGUCUCACUGAGACCCUGAGCGUGGCCAUAUUUGAAGACCACAAGUCUUUAUUUUCGAGCGAUGAGACUGCUCAUAUUGUUACUCCGGAGCAGUGCGGUGAGAUCUCGCUGAAUGUUAUGGCCAAGUUGAAGGAGGUUGCUCAAAUGAGGAAAACAUUGCAUAGUGGGAACGGAAUUUUAUUUUUUGUUGUGAUAGUAGCUAAACAAUACUGUAGGGCGGGUACGUUCACGGCCAAGCGGGAAAUCGGGUGCCAAGACCACGCCCGCACUCAACCCGCAAAACGCAUUGGGAGGACCGCGGUCAUCAAAAUGCGUGUCGGGUAUAAUUCAGUACUGAAGCCAUGUGAAACUGGCACGGGUCACGAGUACAAAGGUCUUCUGCAGCAACUUGUUGAAGAUCUGGUGGAUACUGAGAGGCCAGAGAUGACAGACCUGAAGCACAGAAACGAGGGCAUCAAGGAUCUUCUUCGUAGUGGACUCAACAUUCUAACAAGCAAGAAGACUAGAACCUCCAAACACCCUUUGGACAAUCCUACAGUGAUUUUAUUUGUUGUUGGAGGUAUUACUGCGGAGGAAUGCAAACGGUUGCAUCGCAGUGUAAUCACUAGUGGAGUAGACAAUACUGUACUUAUAGGAUCAACUAAAUUAGUCACACCGGUGGAGGCAAUGAGGGAUGUAUUAGCUUUAUAGCUUAUUGCAAAACCGCCAUAGGGCUUUGAACUGGAAAUACCGAGGGUUGAUUGGGCUAGCUAGCUCAGCCAGCCCAGCUCCUUCCAGAAGCGCAGAUAUCCUUAUGCAUGACUGCAUGAGACCAGAUUGCAGACCGGUGUUCUGCCACAGUCAUGCACUCCAGGAUCACAUGAGCGGCCGUUUCAUCUGCUUCUAGACAUCCUCUGCACAGAGAACUAUCUGUAACACGUAUGGU